ACCACGACGAUGAUGACAAUGACGACGACGCUGCUGCCGACGACCGCCACUGCCAUCGCACCCCCGCGGGCGCGGCGGUGGCGGAGGCGGCUUCUUCCGGAGAGAAGAAGGGGAUAUGGAAUUGGAAGCCGAUGCGCGCGCUGUCGCACAUCCGGAUGCAGCGCCUCGGGUGCUUGUUCUCCGUCGAGGUGGUCGCCGUCCAGGGCCUCCCGGCCUCGAUGAACGGGCUCCGCCUAUCGGUCUCCGUCCGCAAGAAGGAGACCAAGGACGGCGCCGUGCAGACGAUGCCCGCGCGGGUGCUGCAGGGCUCCGCCGACUUCGAGGAGACGCUCUUCGUCCGCUGCCACGUCUACUGCAGCGGCAGUGCGGGGAAGCCGCUCAAGUUUGAGCCUCGGCCGUUCGUCAUCUCGGCCGUGGCGAUCGACGCCCCGGAGCUCGACUUCGGGAGGAGCACGGUGGACCUGAGCUCGCUGGUGAAGGAGUCCAUGGAGAAGAGCUUCGAGGGGGCCCGUGUCCGGCAGUGGGACGUGGCGUUCCCGCUCGUCGGCAAGGCGAAGGGCGGGGAAUUGGUGCUCAAACUAGGAUUUCAGAUCAUGGAGGAUGGCGGGGUGGGCAUCUACAACCAGGCCGAUGCCGCCGCAAAGUCGAGCGGCAAAGGGAGGGACUCGUCGCUGUCGUUCUCGUUCAUGCGGAAGCAGUCCAAAUCCUCAUUCAGCGUCGCGAGCCCGAAGAUCACGCGGUCGGAGCCUUCGUCGACGCCGACAAAGGAUCUGUCGGCGCAUAUCGACCUCAAGGGGAUCGACGAGUUCAGCCUCGACGAACUGGGCCCGCCGGAGCCCAGCCCUCCGACGGCGCCGGAGCCCAGCCCUCCGACGGCUCAGAACCCCGAGCCCGAGCCGAAGGACGAUCUGGACUUGCCGGAAUUCGACGUCGUCGAUAAGGGGAUAGAAAUUCAAGAGGACAAAGAAGACGAGGCAGAGGAAGGCGAGGCGGCAGCGUCGGCGGAGAACACUGAUACGGCGUCGGCAUCGAGCGAAGUCGUGAAGGAAGUGGUGCACGACACCGCGCACCUGACCCGGCUGACGGAGCUCGACGCGAUCGCGAAGCAGAUCAAGGCCCUGGAGUCGAUGAUGAUCGGAGACGAACCGAAUUCUGACGCCGCCAAAACAGCGGUGCAAGAUGACGACAACGACAACGAACCACAGCAGCUGGAUGCGGAGGAAGAGACUGUGACUAGAGAGUUCCUCCAGAUGCUCGAGCUCGAGGGCUCGAAGGAAUACGCAGAACUCGACAUGCCGGACCGCUUUUCUCCGUCGAAAAUCAGCACGAAAGCCGGUUCGGAAUCUGAAUCCGGCGCCUAUAUAUCGGAUCUAGGAAAAGGCCUGGGCUCCGUGGUUCAGACGAGGGACGGCGGCUUCUUAGCCGCGACGAAUCCGUUCGACGUGGAGGUCGCGAGGAAGGAUCCUCCGAAACUCGCGAUGCAGCUGUCGAAGCCGUUCGUCCUCGCCGAUCAGCAGACGGCGAGCGGAUUCGAGGUGUUCCAGAGGCUGGCCGCCAUCGGUUGCGACGAGUUGAGCUCGAAGCUCAGCUCGCUGGCGGCGAUGGACGAGCUGACGGGGAAGACGGCCGAGCAGAUCGCGUUCGAAGGCAUGGCGUCGGCGAUCAUCAGCGGGCGGAGCAAGGAAGGCGCCAGCUCCAGCGCGGCGAAGUCGGUGGCGGCGCUCAAGACGAUGGCCGCGGCGAUGAGCGAGGGGCGGAAGGAGAGGAUACUGACGGGGAUCUGGAACAUUCGGGAGGAGCUGGUGCUCGUCGAGGAGAUACUAGCCUUCUCCUUGCAAAAGAUCGAGGCGAUGGCGAUCGAAGCGCUGAAGAUUCAGGCGGAUAUGGCCGAAGAGCAGGCCCCGUUCGACGUCUCGCCGCUGGCGAACAAGGAGCAAUCGAGCAACAGCCAUCCGCUGGAUUCGGCGGUGCCGCCGGAAGAGUGGGGGAGCGUUUGCGCCGGAGCGGACACGGUGACGGUGUUAGUGGCGGUUCAGUUAAGGGAUCCGCUUCGGCGGUACGAGACGGUGGGGGCGCCUACGAUAGCGGUGAUUCAGGCGGCGAGAGCGGGGGAGGGGGACGAGGAAGAAGGGAGGUUCAAAGUCGGCAGUCUGCACGUGGGAGGUCUGAAGCUGCGGGCGGGCGGAGGAGGGCGGCGGAGCGCGUGGGACGGGGAGCGGCAGCGGCUGACGGCGAUGCAGUGGCUGGUGGCUUACGGUUUGGGGAAGGGGGCCGGCGGGAGGAAGGGGAGGGCGGCGCAGGCCAAGGGCGGGAAGGAUGUGGUGUGGAGCAUGUCAUCCAGAGUGAUGGCAGAUAUGUGGCUCAAACCGAUGCGGAAUCCGGACGUGAAAAUAACUGAACAAUAAUAAUAAUAUUAUUAUUAUUAUGUCGCUAAAGUACAGUGCACUAAGAAUGUAAUUAAAUUUAUUAUAUGUUUUUCUUUUGCGGUUUUCGUAAGUGGUAUCUAAGAAGGUGGUUGUGAGGAGAAACGUAUAAUUUCUUGUGCUGUUGUGUGAGGAAUAAAAAUGAGUAGUUUAUAUUGGAUAUUCAUUAAUGAGAUGAUGUAAUAAUGCAUAACACAAUCCGUGAAAGAACAAAGUUAGAGAUGGGGAGGUUAAUUAA